CCACAAGGUGCCCACGUUAAGCCCGUCAAUUGCACAUUCACGCUCAUCCAGCGAAGAUGCCGCCCAAGCAGGCAGACAAAGCCAAGCAAAAAGAAAGAGAGAAGAUUGCGAUCGACAAGACAUUUGGUCUAAAAAACAAGAACAAAAGCAAAGUCGUACAGAAGUACAUCAAGUCCAUCGCAAACAAUGCGUCAGGUGCACCCAAGGGAGGGAAAGAAGCGGCCGACAGAGAGCAGAAGGACGCAAAGCAGAAAGAGCUUCAGAAAGCAGCCCUGAUGAACUCGUUGUUCAACCUUGCCACGGACAAGAAAGGAAGAGCGUUUGAUCCAGUGGCGAAGAAGAAGGCGAAACAGGCGGAGGAGGAGGCCAUUGCGGCGGGGAAAAAAGUGAAAGAGGAGAUCAAGAAGGAGAUCAUUGAAGGUGUGGCCAACAGCAUUCGCCUCACCAACCCGAAGGGCGUGCGCAUGUCGGAGCUGGGCGCGCAUCCCAUCAUUCAGGCGCUGAAGACCAAGCACCAGGAUACGUUCAAGACUAUCCAGCUCCUUUUGUUCAUCAAGGCGAAUGACAAGGUCUUCUGGGUGGACGAUGAAGAGAGCACCAACCCCACUAUACGAUGUUUGGAGGAUGUUGAAGCAGAGGUGGCGCCAGACGAGCGGCCACUGGAGGAGAUCAUCGAGGAGCGCAGAGCUGCGCUGCCCCCUGGAGGUACUCCCGUCACACCGGAGACCUUUAAGGCCUGGAAGGAAAAACGAGAGGCUGAGAGGCUUGCGAAGGUGGAGGAGGAUCGCCAGGAAAGCAUGAAAAAGGGUGGCAACAAGGGCCUCGUCGGAAUGAGCGGACGAGACUUGUUCACCUACGAUGCAUCCCUCUUCCAAGAUGAUGAGGGUGCCGUGUCUGCGGAUGAGUACGAUGAGAGGGAGGAGGAUCCGCAGGAUGAGGACGACAACGGCGGCAAGACUCAAGGGAUGGCAAAAGACUUGCAGGAUGAUGAGGAGGAGGAGGAGGAGGAAGAAGCUGAACCCGACUCCGGCGCUAGGGGUAGCAAUGAUGCGGAGGA